UGCGCUCGCUGCGCUACUCUGGCCUGCCCAGUGGUGCUGUUUCUGCUGUCGCUCUCUCUACUGCCUCUCGCUAUAAUAAACCGCCCCUGCCCUGCCUCGCCUGCUUCCUCCUCUGGUCUGUCUGCGGUCCCAGAUGGGUUGUCCGUGCCUGCAGAGAGCGCCAUCAUGAGCCGUCUGUUCAGCAUGUCCGCUGUAAACGCUGUGAACAACAGUGAGCCAACCAGCACGUCGCACCGCUCUGCCAGCUCAGCUAGCGUGGACUGGCAGGAGUAUAACAACUGUUUGGAACAGCAGUGCAGCACGACCAUCUGCAGUGAAUGCCGGGAUGAUUGGCGGUGCAAGGCCAAGUGCAGGCACAGCUGCAAAUGCGACUGCUUCGGCCUCCCGGGCAGCAGCCUCGCCACGUACGGCCUGUUCGGCAAGUGCUACUGGGAGAGGGGAUGCAGCCCCAAGCGGGAGACGUGCAGGCACAACUGCGAAUCUCACGACUGCGAGAACUCUUGCGAAAUGGACUACCUGAAGUGCUACUGCGAGUGCAGUCAACAGCUUGUCGGUGAAACCAGCGCAGAGGCCGGCAGCUCAGUUGGACUUGAAGACAGUAACGACAUCGGGAUUGCACUCAGAAGCACGGACGGGGUUCCUCUCAUUACAACCAGGCUUGCAGCCGGGCUUGCAAUCAGUAGCACAGCCGAGACUAUACUCAAUAGCACAACUGGGAUUGCGCUUAAAAGCACACCUAGGGUCGUGGCCAGUAGCACAAGCACGACUGGGCCCAGCAAAACGGCCGCGUUUGCGACAAGUGGCACAACAACCGGAACCGGAGACAGUAACGCAGCUCAGACCUUUUCAAGCACUCCCAGCAGCACAAACGUCGUGCCGGGGUCUGGCAUCACAACCGUGGGUGAGCCAAGCAGCACUACCAAAUCAGCAACCGAGAAAAUGAGAGAACUUGUUUUAUGUUACUCCGAAGAUCGACGGUGCUAUGAUGCAGAGACAUGCAGUGAAUGCGAAGGCGAUUGGGAGUGUGAAGAGAAGUGCAGAACCAACUGUGUGUGCGGUUGCUACGGCAUCCCCGGGACCAGCCUACACUCGCGAGACCUGUGGUCGCAAUGCUCCGAAGACAGAGAAUGCGAAAGGAAACGACAGGCUUGUAAAGACAGCUGUAGAACCGAGGAGUGUGUGGAUUCGUGCGAACUGAACUAAAAGCAGUGUGACUGCGAGUGCAACCAAUUGCGCAGAAACGAGACAAGCGCUGCGACGCACAACCAGUAUGAAAGUUACCGUUCUUGCUAUAACGAGCAAAAGUGCGAUGAACUAUCCUGCGCCGAAUGCGGAGGCGAUUGGCAGUGCGAAGAAAAGUGCAGAGCCAACUGUCAAUGUGGUUGCUACGGCAUCCCCGGGACCAGCCUACACUCGCGAGACCUGUGGUGGGAGUGCUUCAAAGACAAAGAAUGCUCACAGAAGGAACAGGCGUGUAGUGAGUCCUGUACAUCCCAGGACUGUAGGGAUUUGUGCAACAUGGAUUACCUGAAGUGCGACUGCGAGUGCAACCAACUGCGCAGAAACGACACCAGCGCUGCGACGCACAAGUAGCAUGAGCACUGAAGAAAAUUUAGAAGGAAUUACACUGCAAAAAAUAACUGCAAAAAAUGACGGCUAGACCCGCAAAGUAUUUUCCGGUGGUUUCCGCUUUUUGAACGGCACUGAGUGGGUACGGACCCACAGUACCUCCGUUUGAGUGCUACGCAGUCGGAAAACGGUUCUUCCGUACCUCUUUUUUGAGGGUAACGGUGAAGCCCUUUAACGGAUAUGUGGUGAAAAGUCAGUGGAUACGGUCUCUCCUCCGUACUCUGGACUCUGUAGCAUGUUUCAGUUUGGCAGUGACGGUGCACCGUGCCUGAUCCCUCUCUCAUUUUUUUUAACAGUGUAUCCACUUCCUUCGUGGCAACGCUCCUUUGCCCCAGAGUCUUCGAUAAAUUUACAGACGCGAAUAGCCGGUAAAUCCCCCACCCAGCCGCCCAGUAGUGGGGAAAUUUCGAGGAGGCCACACUGUAAAUUGCUUACGAACAAUAGAUUCGUAAUGCAAACCAAAACGUUCGUAGCUUACGAAGGAUUUUGAAGCGUUGUAUUACGAACUAAUUGUUUGUAAGCUUACGAACAAAUAGUUCGUAAUGCAAACCGAUUGUUCGUAAGACCCUGUCUAGGCUUACAAACAAUCGCUUUGCAAAACGAACAAUUUCUUUGCAAUACAAAGAACGAAAAUUGUUCGUAACAUUGCAAAGUAUUUAGUUCGUAAACUUUUUACAGUGCACAACUCUAGAUAUCAUGUGUACACCAUCCUUGAAAUCCCUCCGAAUAAAUCAUUUGAAAUCUACAUGCAAUCAUAAAAUUAUGCGUAAUCUAUCAAUAGCUUGAAAUCCACUUAAAUUGUAUGUGAAAUCCUUCGAAGUCUACCGAAAUACUGUGAAAUCCACCAAAAUCACGUGAUAUCCGCUGAGAUCAUUGUCAAUCUUUUUAUCUUUUGAAUCAGGCAAUCAGGCGUAAUCUGCCGGCAGGUUAAGCGUUAAAUCUUUAAAAAUACUAUGCGACAUCCUUAAAAACCUGUGACCUCCUGCAUUUCAUGAAAUCAUCUACAACCAAAGAGAGAAGUCGCGGCCCCCUCGGUAAAUUUACAAAAUUAUGUGGUUGGGAAAGGAGUCUUUCCAACAAGCCAAGGAAACUUACUAGGCCUAUGUGGGCAGGAAAGUAAUCUUGGAUGACCCAUCGUCUGCGAAUUUUUAUGUUCGCGUUUACGAGGAUAACUUUCGUGCCCAUCACUUGGCAAAUAUCCAGCCCAGGGUAAGGAAGGUGGCGUUACCACACCUCUGGGAAUUCCCUAUCCUUGUAGGGAAAGGGGCGCGGAAAGAGGUCACCCGCUCCCAGAACCAGACGACUCCCUCACAACAAGUGAAAUUUCAGCCUGCGGUAUGCAAAGAUUUUCAGAAAUGUGAGACCUAUCCAAUCCACAGCUCACAGCUCGCAGGCGCCUGGGAGGUAGGCCGUUCACGACCGGCGUGCAAUGCGGGUCGGCCUAUCCACAGCUUCCAGGCGCCUGGAAGGUAGGACGCCGGUCACGGCCUGCGUGCAGUGCGGGCAUUUAGGAUCACAAUGCAA